UAUCUCUUUCAAGGAUAAAUGUUUUACAAGUAAACUUGACUACCGUCUGCAUUCCAAACUCCUAUGAUGAACUGCAGUGUGAAUGUGAGGGUGGUUAUGCUUUGCCAUGUGACAUGUGCAACAGCAGCAACUCAUGCAGUAACACCAGCAGUUCAACCUGUACAUGCAUAAAUGGACUUCCUCCAAAUGAUGAGUUUUGCCAACCAGAAACUAAUAACUCUAUAUGCCCAACACCUACUCCAGUAACAACAACCACAGCUGCUCCGACGACAAAGACGGCGACAGCGGUUCCCACAACGACCAUGGCCACUCCGACAACAACCACUCUUUCUCCAACAACGACCCCGGUUUUUACAACAACAACCACUGCUGCUCCAACAACGACCACGACCGCUCCGACAAUAACCACUGCUUCUACGACAAUUACUUUUCCACAACAAAGAGGAGUGACCUUUGUCCUAAAGAUCCCAGCAUACUUUAUACAAAAUUAUACACUUCAGAUCUUCAGGAGCAGGCUUGAUGAAGUAUUCAAUUCAUUAACACUCCCACCAUCUUUGAAAGUAAAAGAAAUAAACUUGACCACAGUCUGUUUUAAAGGAAUAUCUAAGGAACUGCGCUGUCAAUGUGAGGAUAAUUUUGCAUGGCCAUGUGAAAGGUGCAACAGCAGCAGAUAUUCAUGCAGUAACGUGAGCAGUGACUACUGUACCUGUAGAGACGGUAUCUCUUCUAUUAACGAGUAUUGUCAGCCCCUCCUAAAUAAUUCACGAUGUCCAGCUACUCCAACCACACCAUUACCAACAACGACUACAGCUGAGCCAACCACAACUUCAGCUAUGCCAAAUACAACUACAGCUAAGCCAACCACAACUUCAGCUAUGCCAGUCAUAAGUACAGCUUUGCCAACUACAGCUAGGCCAAUCCCACCUAUCCCACCUACAGCUGAACCUCAGGUUAUACGUGGCAGAAUUACCAUAGACAUUCCAUUUGAACCCUCGUUUAAUACGGAAAGCAGUCCAUUUUAUCAAGGCAUUUAUGAUACCAUUACCAGUCAAUGUGGAGAGUGUAGCGCUACCCUGAGGCUUUCACCAGGAAGUACCAUAGCUGAUUAUAAUAUUACCUUUACACCCCCUGACACACUAACAGAAGAACAAAUUCUGAGACAAAUGUCAUUAAAAUACCCAGUUCUCAUUAACGGUGAAAAUAAAGAACAGAGAGCGUAUUCUGGAGAUCCCCUCACUUUGACAUGUGAACCUCCAAGCAUUGAUUUUAGUGCCGUUACUGUAUUUUGGAGAAACAAAGGAAAAGUUAUUGCCGAACAAAGUACUUUGACUAAUGGAAAAUCAGAAUAUAAAUUCCCAAGGAUUUUUAAGUUUGAUGAAGGAGAGUAUGAAUGUGAGAUAAAAUGGGGAAGUGGUUCAAGGUUCAUUCAGAAGGUAACGUUGAAAUCCAUAACACUCCCGGACAUCGACGCAGAUCCAGACAGAGAAAGACUUAGAUGUAUUGAUACUAAGCAACUGUCAUGUAGAGUAAACGAUGGCUUCACAGUCAAGUUGUUGGAUUCAGAAGAUCAAGGUAAAUGUUUUAUUAAAUAA